UUUCAGAAUCCUUUUUUGCCGAAGGAAAGUGAAAAAACAACGGGUACCGAGGAGACCUCGCCAGAAAGGAAGACGACAAAGAAUCCAAUGUGGGAACGAUUUUCUAAAACAGGAAGAAGCAAGUCCGCGCCGGGUUUUUACAACUGGCAAACAAACCGCAGGUGAAUAAUCCGAAUGAUACAUCUUUCGACGAUUUUUCGUGAUUAUUAUCUUCCCCUCUGUGUUUCGAAAAAUUUUCAGACAAUUAUCCAUAAACAGUCCUUUAUCUCCGGUGAUGGAAGCGCCCAAUCAAGAAACCGACGUCGAGGAACGGCACGAAAAAUCUCGAAACUGA